AUGCAUUUAGUGAAAGAGUCAGCGUCGUCCACUUUCUUCCUGACUUGCCAAGUGGAGGUUAGGCUGAUGUUGAGCUCCACGAUACUUUUUCUGGAACCGUAUCAUAAAGCUGAGAACUGGGAGGUUGUCAGAGUCGAACGCGACGUCCCAAUCAGCUCUCAUUUUCGGAUAUCUGAGCGAAGAAUGUUCCUCGCCAGAACGUAG